UUUUUGCAAUUUUUAAUAUGUGAAUUGAUAUGUGGGUAGGGCUUAUAAUAUGAUAAUGUGUUUAAGUGGGGAUGUAAAUUGUGAUGAAAUUGAACUUCAAACUAGGUUAAAAGUAGAAGCCUAGCAGGUCACAUGUAGUUUGAUAAGUUGUUUUCAGCUUUUUUUCAUAAUCUCUGUAGGAUGGCUUAAAAACAGCUUAAAGCUGAUAUGAAAACAAUUUAACAUAAUUUUAUUUUAUGUCAUAGAAAGAGCUUAUACUUAGGCACUUAUAUGAUAAGCACUUCUGCUAUAAAGCGGAUACCGCCCCCCCCCCCCCCCCCCCCCUCAUGCUCCCACGGUCCGCUUACCGAGGAAUAGAAAGGGAGGACCGGGGGCCAGAGCUAGUUGGGUUGGGGUAUAGAGCCGUAAGCACGGUGGGGGGUUACAGAGGAUGUGCUCGUACGGUUCAAAGAAGGGUAUGAUCAACUCGUUGUUGGGAACUUUCACUCCUCUAUAUUCGCAAUAUGCCUUUCUAGGAGCAUUACGAUCUGCAGCUCAAAUGAUCUCUUAUCAAGUCUUUAAUUAAGUUGUUUAUCCAAACAAUGCCUUAUUUUCAUGAAGUCUUGACAUGAACUUUCAUCUUAAUUUUCAGAAUGCACUGCUCUGAUGAAGAUAGCACAACAAGGCCACUUAUACUUGUCACUGCUUCUGUUGAUAAGAUUGUACUAAAGAAGCCAAUUAGUGUUAACAUUGAUCUCACAAUAGUUGGUUCUGUUAUAUGGGUUGGGCGCUCCUCAAUAGAAAUUCAACUCGAGGUUACUCAAUCCAAACAAGAGGGCAGUGAUUCAGACUCGGUAGUACUAACAGCCAACUUCAUAUUUGUCGCUCGAGACUCAAAAACUGGGAAGGCUGCUCCAGUGAAUCGACUUUCGCCAGAAACUGCUCGCGAAAAACUUCUUUUUGAACAAGCCGAAGCAAGGAACAAUUUGAAAAAAAGGAAAAGAGGAGGAGAAAAGAAAGACCAUGAGAAUGAGGAAGAAAAGAAACUUAAAGACCUAUUGGCCGAGGGUAGAAUUUUCUGUGACAUGCCAGCCUUAGCCGACCGAGACAGCAUUCUUCUAAGGGAUACCAGCCUUGAGAACUCCUUAAUAUGCCAUCCACAGCAAAGGAACAUCCAUGGUCGAAUAUUUGGAGGUUUCUUGAUGAAUCGUGCGUUUGAAUUGGCUUUCUCAACAGCUUAUGCCUUUGCUGGAUUAGUUCCUUACUUUCUAGAAGUUGAUCAUGUUGAUUUUCUCAGACCUGUUGAUGUGGGUGAUUUCUUGCGUCUCAAAUCCUGCGUUUUGUACACUGAACUUCACGAUCCAGAUCAGCCACUUAUCAAUGUUGAAGUUGUUGCUCAUGUUACAAGACCUGAGCUGCGAUCUAGCGAGGUAUCAAAUACUUUCCAUUUUACUUUCACUGUACGACCAGAGGCAAAGGCUAUGAAAAAUGGAUUUAAACUUCGAAAUGUAGUACCGGCAACAGAAGAAGAAGCGCGCCGUAUAUUAGAGCGUAUAGAUGCUGACAACUUGAAUGAAUUCUUCAGAACAUAAAGAAGAGAAACAGCAAUUAGCUGGUAAACUAAUUAAAAUGUGUACCUUUGGACUUCAAUUAUAUGAGCAGAAGCUAAAAACACGUGUUCUUAUAUAAUAAUUCUGAUGUCCAGUUAUUGAAUUUGAGGGCACAAGUUUGCCAUAUAUUUCUACUAGCAUUAGGAAACAUAUAUAUGAACCUGAUUUUAGUGUUCUACUUCUACUGAUAUUAAUAUGAUUUAUGUAACUAAACCGUUAUCAAGCAGCUUUGUGAGUUGUGACCAUA